CGACCUCGGUGAAGCAGGAUUCAACAUUGAGGCUACUAACAGACGAUGGAUGAUGACAACACUUCUCCUGAAUUGUGCGCACCAGCUUGGACUCAACCUAGAUCCUGGACAGUGGGCAAUUAGUGAAUCUGAUAAGCAUAUGCGUAGGAGACUUUGGUGGAUGACGGUAAGGCCUCUAGCGACGUUUAAUACUGCUGACAAGUAGUUGACUCUUGAAAAGUGGAACAGCCUCAUUUGCGGCCGGCGUUCGACCAUUCGUCCAGGCCAAUAUAAUGUCGAGAUGCUGGCACUGACGGAUUUCAAUGACGAUGAUAAUGGUCCGACGAGCCUGCCUGGGCAUAUGCGUACGUCCCAGUAUUCACCCGACUUUGCUGACAAUAGACUGCAUCGCAAAUGCAGAUUUGGUCCUGCUGCUGGCAGACAUUCUCGAAAUCUUACACAAUAAUACGCGCGCUCCACUAGGCACGGAGCGGCUGAUGCUGUCGUCGCUGCUCAAUUUCCGUGCAGGCCUUCUAAAGCUAAUCAUUCCAAAUGAACACCCGCUGGCUUCGGGUGAACAUCAUCAGGCCAUUUGCCAUUUGCAAUUGCACCUGAGUUUCAUGGCAUGCUGGAUUUUAACGCUCAAGUCUCUCAUGACCAGGCCGCAGGACGCGACUGACCCAGAGACACCAAAAGUAGGCUCGCUGGACUUGUCGCUUGGUGUUGAAUGCAUUGCAGAAUAUUGCAAGCUGCUCUCUAUUUGUGGCAGCAUCGAGCAGUGGACGAGCUGUGUUUGGCCAGGUUGGAUGGAGCACGCGAUGCUUCUCGUGGUUCAAUUCACCAUUCGACUUGUCGCAGGGUCAGUUGGCUUGGCGCAACAGCAAGCCCUGAGCGCUGCGCGGGAGCUUUUCAGGAUUCUGCAUGAGAAUCAGAAAAUUUGGCACAUUGCAGAUUACCCCCUGAGGGUUCUGGUUGCAUCAGGCAUUGCUGGGCAAUGAAGCAUAUGAAGCAUAUGGUCAACACAUGCCGCAAUGUGACUAUCGCACAAAUCCCAUAACAGGACAGUCCGAUUAAAUGAU